UGUUUUGUUUUGUUUUUGUUUUUUUGCAGAUACUUCACCACUUUCUAUUCUGUUGUAAUCACACAUUUAUAUUAUGUCCGCGAAUAAGCUUUAUUUUUACUAUAUUUUUGUGAGAUGAGUAGGUGCACCUUUUCUUCAUCAUCAUCAUCAUCAUCAUCAUCAUCAUCAUCAUCAUCAUCAUCAUUAUUAUUAUUAUUAUUGUUUGAGUGAUAUUUGCAUUUUCACUCAGUGUUUCUUAUACUCUCAGCGACAACAAACAUCUGGUCUGUUAUAUUUAAAACAAACAAACAAACAAAAAAAGACUUGUAGAUGUUAUUUUAAGCAUUCCAGGCUCAGUUUUCCCCAGUCACAUCUUUUCAAGCCCACUUCACAGUGCCUAAACACUUUCUCUGGUCACGGUUUAAUGUGAGCAGAUUAUGGUGAUGCUCUUGAGCUCACUGAGGUCAUUUAUAAAUUAUGUCAUCACAUCAGUGGCCUGGGUGUGCUCUGCUCUGUGUGUACCACAUCCCCUUGAAAGUUCAACAUGGCCUCCUGUAAUCCUCUCUAUCCUUAAUCUGCGCUGCUACAUGGGCGACCUCAUGUGGUCACUAGUGGCACACUGAGAACAGAUUAGUGUGGAUCUCCAGUUGUUGAAUUCCACACAGCUGAGGCAGAUGAACCAAAACACCUGAGCACUGGAUGAGUGCACAUUUAAGCAACUAAAUAUGUGUGAUAAACUCAGUGAACUUUCCAUUUUACUUCAGAUUAUUGUCUUCAUUUCGUGCUCAAACCUGGGCUUGUAAACUGUUUAGAAAUGGCAAACGCACGCCCUCUGGCAUAUACCUACACCGCCAUGUGUGUUUAUUUUCUAGAAUACUACAAAAGGCCAUUCUGUGCUCAACUGCAGAACAAACUUCCCUCCACUUUACAGCCCUCCCUCCAGUUUGUGCAAGGGAGACCACAUUUAAAAUGUAACCCCACCUGAAACCCUGCACAGGCCAAUCAGGGUGAAAAAUGUCAGAGCAGACGGCACACCCUCCUUUGUUCAAAACCAAUCAGAGUGGAAGUGUGGCAUUUUGCCUGAGGGGAAAACUUACCCCUGGAUGAGUUAAUUACGCAUCACUUAGCUGUUGCCAAUGUGUUCACAACGGUGGACCCUCUUUUGGGCUUUUUACAACGAUUGUCUUCAUUUUUCGGUCAAUCUAGUAUGGAAAGUAGACAACAAUGGCUUACCAGGCUGAAAAAUGAACUUAGCAACAGUCCUCUGGUAUCAAAUGUGGCUUUUGGCUUUAUCCUCAUGGGACUAGAGAAGCUGGUGGAGCUGGAGUUUGAGUGUCCUUGUAACCCUACAUGGAACGGAGUAUUUUCAUCAGCGUUCUUCAUCAUCCCUGCUGUUAUGGCCUUCACCUUGAUGCUGAUCAUUCAAGGAUGCAGAUGCGAUACGUGGUGCAGGAAAACUGUUUCCCUCUCCAGUUUUGUCCCUGCUGUUGUGUGGCUGAUUUUGUUGUUCCUCGAUGGCCAAUACUUUGCUUGUGCUAUGACAGACUGGGAGGGUAGAUUUGUACUAGUGGACAAGGCAGCUCCGCAGAAGUGGUGUGAGCCAAUAAGUGAGGGAGAUGUCACCCCACAAGAACUCAUGCUCCGCUCACAGCAGCUCUUUGUUUUUUCUCAGGUCAUAGGCAUAGUCCUCCUCAUUUUCAUCUGUGUGGGUCUCGUAGUGUAUGUAAUCAGAGAAAGCUGCCAACAGGAGGUGGAGUUGCAGGAUGCAGAUGUAGCAGAGCUCACUGUGCUCAGGAUGAGUUCUCUACGCACCAGAACAUCAUGAGUGGACUCACACCGCCCUCCACACCUGCCCUGCUAUCACGGACACCUUGGAAAUACUCACAUAAAGACUUUACACAAGGUUUUGUAACUCUCAACAAGUGUUUCCCCUGUAAAAUGGCUUGAAUGGUCAAAUAUGCUUCCAUGUGAAACAUAUCUGUGAUUAUUAAUAUGAGUGAAACCGAUAUUUUUAUUAUUUUUCUUUAUUAUCAAUGAAUAUGUACCCGUAUAUGUGGCUGUGUUUAUCUGAUACCCCCAUGCAGUGACUUACUAGUUAUGUUUAAAACCUUAUAUACUUUGAAAAUAUUGUUUUAUUUUACACCUGAAAGUUUUUGUUGUUCUUUGAAUCAGUUAUAUUGAGAUAAGUGGAAACAUCCACUAGGCAGCUAAUAUUGAACUGAGUAUUAGUGCCACUGAUGAAAAUGUUUAAUUGAUGCGACUUUUAAUAUUGUAUGUUUUUGUGUUUCCUCUUGGGUAAAAGUGUCUCCUGUUUUAAGUCUGGCCCCGUCAUGUUAAACCUAUCUAGAGUAAUGUAAUGUGUAUGACAGCUAGAGAUGUAAAAUCAUGUAUGUGAUCAUUUGUAUGAUGGCUGCAACCAGCCAAAAGUAACAUGUAGACCAGGGGUGUCAAACUCAUUUUAGUUCAGGGGCCACAUUCAAAACAG